AUGCGGCCCAGCGGCGCGGCAACGUCGUGGGUUGUGGGGGCGGACGCGCAUCUCUACGACGACCUGGACGCCGCCGCCAUCCCGGCGCUCCUCGGCUCCUGCUUCGACGGCGAUAACGUCGAUGCUCAAGCCUGUACCAGCUCCAGUUCGCCGCGAAGAUAUCCCAAAUGGAAGGUUGGUGUUAUCAUUGGAAAUGCUGGAGAAACUAUAAAGCAUAUCCAACUUCAUUCAGGGGCAAAGAUCCAAGUAACAAGGGACAUGGAUGUUCAACCCGGGUCACGGACAAGAUUGGCUGAUCUUUCGGGCACUCCUGACCAGAUAAGCAGAGCUGAGCAGUUGAUAAGUGAUGUUUUUGCAAAGGCUGAUGCUGGCUCAUUUGGCACUAUCUCUAGUUGUGUUGAGCAAUUCCAGAUGCAAAUUGCUAACAACAAGGAUGGCAGGCACACCAUCAUCACCAACUCUGUUUUCUAUAAGAGUAGAGAUUAGGAGAUUUUUUAUGGACUAGUUAGUUGAUUGUGAUCUUGAGAUAGUCAAAGAUGUUUGGUGGAUUAAUUAAUCUUGAACAAUUUGGAUUUAGUUAGGUGGUUGUGAUACUGAACCAAAUUUCACGCUAGAUUAUGAGAUUUUAGUUGGAUUUAGAUAGGUGAUUGUGUCUUGAGAUGAUAAUCAAAUUUUUUUGGUGGAUUAUGAGAUUGUAGGUCUAGUAGAUGAGCAUGGUGAUUACUAUAUUGGUGAAUAAACAGAUAUUUAAUUUAGUUUGGAACAAUUUGGAUUUAGUUAGGUGAUUGUGAUCUUUUGAGCAACUUUUACGGUGGAUUAUGAGGUUUUGGUUGGAUAUAGUUAGGUGAUUGGGAUCUUGACAAGCUAGUAAAAGAUGUUCGGUAGAUUAUGUGAAUAUAGGUCUACUAGUAGGUGAGCAUGUUGGUUGUUUUAUUGAUGGAUAAAUAAUUUUUUAAUAAACUUGAAAAAGUUUGAAUUUAGUCAAGCGAUUGUGAUCUUCAACCAAAUUUUAUGAUGGAUUAUGAGAUUUUUGAUGGAUUAGUUAGUUGAUUGUGAUCUUGAGGAUAUAGUCAAAGAUGUUCGGUGUAUUAAUUAAUCUUAAAAUUUUUGGAUUUAGUUAGGUGAUUGUGAUAUUGAACCAAAUUUCUCUGUGAUUUUAGUUGGAUUUAGUUAGGUGGUUGUGUCUUGAGAAGAUAGUCAAAGAUGUUUGGUGGAUUAUGAGAUUUUAGGUCUAAUAGAUGAGCAUGGUGAUCAUUAUGUUGGUGGAUAAAUGAAUCUUUAAUAAAUUUGGAACAAAUUGGAUUUAGUUAGGCGACCGUGAUCUUGAGCCAAACUUUAUGGUGGAUUGUGAGAUUUAGUUCGGCUGCGCUCUGACUCUUCGUCGAGGAGCAUGCACAGUGCGGUGGUGCGGCGGCCUCAAAAGGUGGGGCACCGACACCUGCAGCUUGUGCACGCAUCUCCUGCAUCCCGCAACCUUCUCCUUCCCGGCACAGCAGGAGCAGGAGCAAGGAUGCCGAGGCGGUUCAGGAGAGAGGUGGGCCAAAGAAUUCCAUGUUCAACAGGAUGGUGCAAAAUUUUAGUUGGAGAUAGGCUGUGUAUGGACAUCAGGACAUGCAUGUUGUAGAUCUGCUUAUAAUAAUUUUGUAAUACUCAGAUUUGUUCAGAUUGGCUCAUUUCUUUAAGAAAUAUUAUGUCCCCUGUUUCAUGGCAGAAAAUUUUGAUUGCAUAAUAUUCACCUUCAUAAUAGCCAGUGCCAUCAGGCUGUAUACCUGUAUACCAAAUUAUUUGUUAAUCAUUACACCAUUGUUUUACUCAGUUGCAUUCUUGACUGCAGGUUCUUGACUAGAAAAAGGGUAAGCUGUGGAUUUUUUUUUGCUUCAGUCUCUGCGACUAAGUAAAGUUAUCAAUAUUUCCGUUUCAUAUUUGAUCCUUUUCAAGCUCCAUUGCUCUGGUGGAAGUGGCACACACUCCUCGCUGCAUUAUGUAUCGUAUUUGUGAGGGCUAUCUUUGUCCAGUUGGGUUUGUUUGCAAUUAUGCGGGCACUCGGCACAAUACACAUCUUCAGUCGUACUGCAAAUUCUCACUUAUUUGGCUUACUUGGUUAGUGUUUAAUGAUUCAUUUGGUUGUCAUGGCAGGAGGCAUUGUCGCUGCUCAAGAUCCUUCAGUGGUAACAAGAUUUAUCCAACUUCCUUACACACCACUAUUAGUUAUUACUCCCUCCGUCCGGGUUUAUUAGGCCUCUCAGCAUUACAAGCAUGUCCCCUUUUAUAAGGCCCCGCUUUGGAAAGGUGCAUGCAUGCAACCAUUUCAUUGGUUGUAUUAAAAGUCAUUGUUGUUGGUGUCAUGGCUGGAAAAUUAAUACACUUCAUGCCUGCUUUUUCAUUGGCUGCAUGCAUGUGAGAGAGUGCAUUGGGAGUGGAAUUGAAGAAUUAAUGUGAGCAAAUUACUAUGUAUCUUGGUCUAAGAGAAGUUGUCUUUAGGCCUAAUAAACCCGGACGGAGGGAGUACACGUCAGCAAUAACACAUAGGACACAAAUGCUAAAAUGCAAGAAAGCUCUGCGGCAAUUACAUGGUGUACUGAGAUGUGAUUCAUUUGAUAAGAUAAAGCACUUCCUGACACUGUUAGUUCUUAACAAUUUUAAGUGCUACAUUAGCCUCUCUAGGGGUUCAUACAACGAAGACAUAAAUCUUCUAUUUCAUCAGUCUGUCGGUCAUCUCUUCCACUGUAGUAUUGCCGAGACGCUCAACUCUGAUGAUUUAUGUAUAAUAAAGCAUUUAUUUUCCUUA